CUGACCGUAACCAAAAGUUGAAUAUAGAUUUACAACCGCGAAUAAAACCGAAUCCUAUCCAUGAUUACUGCCAUCCAAACAGGGCCUAACAGAAUUUAAACCCCACCUGACAAACACCAUAAACCCUAAUAACCGUUACCAAAAUAACCAGCCCUACACAAUGUUCUUCAAUCAAACAAACCCUAGAAAUCUGAAUACCCUACUCUUCUUCGCUUCUCAAUCAUCAAUCGUUUCCCUCCUAUACAAACACCCACCUGCUUAUAUAUACACCCAGAAGCACAACUAUGUAGAUGUGUACAUGAAAUUGAAGAAAGAACGCUACUUUGAUUCAAUCGAGUCCGUCCACAAAUCCAUCGAACUCAAGCCCAUAAUCGCUCUCAAAAACUGUAUCACCGCCGCACACGACGGUUGUAUUCCGAUCUCCGCCGUGUCGAAGCGAGGUUACGAAUUAGGGGUACCCAUUAAUGUUGCUAGGUUUCUUAGACAAUACCCAUCUGUUUUUGAGGAGUUCACUGGACCCCAAUACAAUCUUCCAUGGUUUAGGCUCACCCCAGAAGCUGUGGAGCUCGAUAGAGCAGAGUGUGAGGUUUAUAGGCAUUGUAAGGUUGAUCUUCAAGCGAGGUUGAAGAAGUUGAUACUGAUGAGUGUCGAGAAAAGGUUGCCAAUGAAGAUAAUUCAGGGAAUGCAGUGGUAUUUGGGUUUGCCGGAUGAAUUUUUGCGAGACCCGGAGGCGAAUCUUGAUGGGUGUUUCAGAGUUGUGGAGGUGGAAGAUGGGUUGAAGGGUUUGGCUGUUGAGAGUGAUGAAAGGGUUUUGUCUGUAAUGCAGAAAAAUGUGAUGAAGAGAGGGGGAUAUAGUGGGGAACCAAUGGAGGCUAUUGCAUUUCCGUUUUUUCCCUCAAAGGGUUUGAGGUUGAAGAGAAAGAUUUCAGAUUGGUUGGAUGAAUUUCAAAAGGUUCCAUAUGUUUCACCAUAUGAGGAUAACUUGGAUUUUAAUCGGGAUAGUGAUAUCGCGGAGAAACGGGUUGUGGGUGUUCUUCAUGAGUUGCUCAGUCUCUUUGUUGAGCAUGCUGCUGAGAGGAAGAAGUUUUUGUGCCUCCGGAAGUAUUUGGGUUUGCCGCAGAAAGUCCACAAGGCAUUUGAGAGGCAUCCUUUCAUGUUUUACUUGUCUUUGAUGAAUAAAACUUGUACUGCCAUACUAAAAGAAGCUUACUGUGAUAAGUCUGCUAUCGAAGCCCAUCCUCUCACGAAGGUGAGGAAGAAAUACAUUAGUCUUAUCAAAGAAUCCCAGGUUAUUUUAAAAAGUAGGAGGCUGAGGAACCAGUCUGUCGAUCAUGGAAAUGUGAAUAUGAAGUUGGACUUGGAUUGUGUGGAUGAGGACACGACUGAAGUGGCAGAGGAUUCUUUGUAAAUAGUUUUUGAAGUUCCAUAGAACAGGUAGUAUACAGAUUUAAGAAAAAGGCGCCGUCUCUAGAAUCAAUGAAAGGGGGUUUAUCAGUGGAAAACACAGAAAUGGAGUCUUAGCAGAGGAUAUUUAGUUUGACCAAAAGUAAAGAAGAAUGCUCAAACUAGAACUCAUGGACAGCACUUCAAGUUGGCAAUAGUGGGCUAGCUGAUUUUUUGACAUAUUACACUCCUUGAGUACUUGAUAGGAAGUGUUAGAUCCGACUGGGCUGAAAGUGCAACACGGGGCAGCUGUCAAUACUAAUAAUUGAUCCAGGAUAAUGGUCGCGUGCCCCAAUUUUUCUUCUUCUUUUCUUUUAUUUUCUUUUCUUUUAUUUUCUUUUCUUUUUGUAAGUCUGUGUGAUUAGAUGUAUUUUGAUGCUGUACACUUACUUUGUCAAUUCAACAGUUUCACAUCCUUGA